CUUCAGUUUCCGCGGGUUAUUAUUAGGCAUGUCGGGUAAAUACAAAAACAUUUGGCUUCAUGGGUUGGCGUCAGCCCAAUGCGUCAGGUCAAUAUCCAAGAAUUUGGGUAAAUUAUCGACUGGAAGGGGCAACGGUAAUCAAUUGUGGCGGGCCAUAAUCGCUCGCCACUGCAAACUAUCACUCAGUAGCCUUGGUUUGCGCCGAUCGUCGGGUUCCAUGAGUUUUCAUCGGCGCGUGUCACGGAAUGUUGAUACCUAACCUUGGCUUUCUAUUGCUGCUCCAAAACAAAAUUGACUGAUGGACGUCGAGGACAAGGUUACACAGUAUUAUGUCCCGCGAACUGGUCGGAGCAGUGGCCAUAAGCACUCGAGGAAGAUCGAGAAGAGGGAUAAGGAUACUAAGUCUAAGGAUGCGAACAGUAAGCAGGAAAGAGCCUUGCCGAGCUCCUCCUUCAGCUUUCUCUUCGUCGUAAACGAACUCAAGGUCGUUGAGGAGAACGGAGUGCCCCCUGCCGCUGACCUAUACGGUAACCCCCUGCCACCGAGAACUUCCCGGGGCUACGGCCCGGAAAUCGUUGGCAGGGUAUGGCGAUACCGCGACGGCGUUGUCAGCCUCGCCGAGGGCUUUUUCUGGUGCCGCCCGGAGCCUGGAUCCGCUGGGGCGAUAUGUACCGUGAAUAACUAUAUUGACGAACACGGGCAGCCGUUCCGAUUCCUGGAACAGACAGUGGAACACAGCACAUUUAGCGUCUUCAACUGCUGGCGCUUCCUGCCCUGUCUUCAUGCCGACGUCGACGUAACCACCGUUGGCAGCAUGGGGGUCGACAACAAGCUGUCUCACCUGGAGUUCUAUCAAGACCAUACAGACUCUGGCGUAACUCGGAUUCGAGCCUCUGGCGGGUCUCAAAGACACGUCGUUGGAGGCAGGCCGUCUUGGAUACCGGCUCUCCUCCCCGAAACCUACGCAGCGCCAAGCUCUCACGCUCAACAAUCCACAGGCCUCGGCGGCUGCCUACCCAUCAUCAUCGGUCUUCUCGCCCUGACCAAGAAGCCAGGGCAUACGGACGACGUCUUCAGGAACGGCGAGUGGAACGGAAACCGUUUCAGGGGCGGCCGCUCCUCGCGCGCUGAGCCUGAGCCCACCGGGCCGGUGCGAGGAGUCUUGGUCCAGGUAUGCUGUGACAGCACAAACCCAGACUCUACAAUCGAUGCAAUCACGGACUUUGAAGACCGCGGCAAGGCGAUCAGGGAUGAGCGUCUCUGA